CAAAUGUCCACGUCAAUAGUUCAUUUCAAUCAAGACAAUUGAGUGAAAAAUUGGUGUUUGGUAUUAUACAUCGUCCAGUAUUUUUGUCUGGCGAUAAUAUUUUAUUGUUAUUCCGCUCUUCGCAAUAAUUUGUUUAAAACAAACGUGAAUAUUUUUAUAAAUUAUUUUGCAUCGACAAUUUCUCACUCGCUGGCUUUGUACUUACAAUAACAAUAUUGCGACUACCAAACGAAAGUAUUAGAACACCAUCCACAAUACAAUUUGGAUAACUUUCUAAUCGACCGACUAAAGUCUCUCUAAGAUAUGGCUAAGGAACCAAAAGCAUCAAAAUUCGAUCCGAACACCGAAGCGUUCCAGAUGCGAGCGCAGUGGAAAAAGGUUGACAAUUGUCGGGCCCUUUGGUUUGAAAGAUGGAGCUGGUUAUUGGACGAAAGGAAACAAACGUUAGCGGAGGCGGACGCCAUCCGUCGCGAGGCCGCUUCGACCCUGGCGCAGGUCAAAGAGACGGAAACCACCAAGGCACUCAAGCCGGUCCCCGUCACGACUACCGGACUCAUCGGCUGGCUCGCUACUAAGCCGGAGUGCAAGCUAGAAAUCUAUACGUCAUGGUUAUCGAAAAUACCAGUGAGGUUGCCCGACGCCUGGGACAAUAAGGACUACGUUUCAAAGUGAAAAAAAAUCACAAAACCUACCUUUUAAAUUUCUCGAAGUUCGUUAAUAAAUUUUACAAAUUCUG